GAAUGAUGCACCCUUCUCUGCCACAUAUAAAUAAAUAAAUAAAGAACCUCUUUGUGUUAGAAUAAUAACAUAAAACCAGGCAACAGUGGGAGAUGAUAAUAGGAUAUAUCUUUCAUGUGAAAAAAGCAUUUUCUCUUUUGUCAUAAAGGGUGCAUAUCCAAAAUCACAACUUUAUUUUUUUAUCUGUUUUCCUUCAAUGCAGAAGUAGCUAUGCCGAAGCCUUGUGACUUGCAAAUCAACAUUGAUGGUCAGCAGAUAUUCCUUUUGAAAGAGAAGGUCAUAUCAAAAUACUGUGGAGGGUUGAAGAAACUAUUGAAUCACCAAAAGAGAAGAUGUCAUGUGAAGGAGUUGGGGAUUAGAAUCAAUGAUUUCCCUGGAGGACCAGAAGGGUUUGAGCUAGUUUCAAGGUUUUGUUACAGCAAUGCCAAAAUCCAGAUCACUGUGGCUAAUGUGUCUCUCCUUCACUGUUGUGCUGUUUAUCUUGGAAUGACUGAGGAAUCAUUCAGCAACAAUCUCUUGCAACAAACAGAAACUUUUCUUGAGAGAAUCUAUCACUGGAAAUGGAAUGACAUACUUGCAAGUCUCAAGAGUUGCCAGCUGUUUUAUGCAUAUGCAGAUGGCUAUGGUCUCUUGGAGAAGAUCAUUAGUGUCUUGGCAAAGUUUGUCCAGAAUUCAGAUUCAAACCUCCUCACUUCCUCGCCUUCAGCAUCGUCGUCCUCUUCUUCACCAGAAAGCAGUUUCGCCCAGAGAUUCUCUUUCUCAUCCAAGAAAACUACCCCAGAAAAAAUCAAGUCAAGUUUGCCGCGCAAGGCGUGGUGGUUUGAUGAUUUGGCAACUUUACCACCAAAGAUCAUUGAGAAACUCUUCCAGACUAUUGGAGCAUACAAAGCUGAUAACAAGGACUUAAUCCUCACAAGAUUUCUGUUGCAUUAUCUGAAAAAUAUAGCUACUCAAAGCAAAGUGGUUAAUUGCAGGAACAGCAAUGAGUAUGCUGCUCUUGCAGAAACAGCUGCUUAUGGGGUCAUAUCUGUUGGUAAAGAGAUAUUUUCUUGCAGAGGUCUUCUUUGGGUACUAAGGAUUGUAUCUAAGUUUGGGUUGAGUAGAGACUGCAGAACUGAAUUGGAGAAAUUGAUUGGUGGAAUGCUUGACCAAGCUACACUGGAUGAUCUUCUAGUCUCUGGACAUGACAUGGGAGUUUAUUAUGAUGUUAAUUUGGUGAUAAGAUUGGUUAGAUUAUUUGUUGAUAUCAAUGGUUCUGAUGGACUACAGAAAGUGAAAAGGGUUGGUAGAUUAAUUGACACGUAUUUGAGAGAGAUAUCCCCUGACCACAACCUCAAGAUCUCUAAAUUUCUUGGAGUAGCAGAAUGCUUGCCAGACACUGCAAGGGAUUGCUAUGAUGGGGUCUACAAAGCCAUUGACAUCUAUCUUGAGUCUCAUCCAACUAUCACAUUUGAGGAAAGGUCGAGAUUGUGUAGAUGUCUUAAUUACAGCAAACUCAGCUUUGAAGCUAGUAAAGAUCUGGCCAAGAACCCCAGAAUACCUCCAAGGGUUGCAAUGCAGGCUCUUAUUUCUCAACAACCAAAAAUUUCAACAAGUGACUUAGUAACUGAGAGUCCAAGGAUGAAGCACUCCCAAUUAGUUUUGUCCAAUGAAGCCAACAGAGAAAGCUUCUCCCAAGAGAGGAGAGAUAUGAAACUAAACAUAGAGAAAAUGCAAUGGGGUGUAAUAGAACUGGCCAAAUUACGCAAGCAAAUGAACGGUCAGGAGCCACAGUUGUUUACCCAUAAUGUCUUGCUUAAUCCUGCUCGUGCUUCAUCCUCACCAAGAUUUUGUUGAGUAUCCUCCUCUUGUGUACCUGUCUACCACUAUCCAUGAUAUUAUGGUGUAUUUCUGGAAUUGUAAAAAGAUGUAGUAAUUGUUUUGUACUUUAUAUUUGCUUUAGAAUUUUCAACGUGAUAGAUGAAAUCAAAUAGCAAAGAUUUCUUCAUUAUGCAUGGCAACACUUGAAGUUGCAUACAUAAACAUUAUUGGAUAAUAUUCUGCGAACAAGAGAACAAUGUGAAUGUGUAUUACGUGCUAUGGGUAGUAAAGUUUUUGAUAGCUUCA